AGAAGAUGGCCGCUGAACGGCCCGUUUUAGUUUGCGGGCCCGGCAAUGCAUGCUGGGCAGCGCCGUGGUCUUCGGCUCGGGGUUCGGUGCGGGACUUCAUCUGCUCUUACUGCCAACAUCGGGGUAUUCCAGUGGAUUACUUCUAUGUCAAGUGUAAUGGACAGCUAACUAAUACUGAAGAUAUCGUUCAAUAUGGAGCAGUUUAUAGUCUGGAGCCCAGACUUUGUGGAGGAAAAGGAGGUUUUGGAUCUAUGCUUCGAGCACUUGGUGCUCAGAUUGAAAAAACUACUAAUCGAGAAGCAUGUCGAGAUCUCAGUGGAAGGAGACUUCGGGAUGUCAACCAUGAAAAGGCAAUGGCUGAAUGGGUAAAACAGCAAGCUGAACGAGAAGCAGAAAAAGAACAGAGACGCCUGGAGAGGCUGCAGCGGAAGCUGGUGGAACCAAAGCACCACUUUACCAGUCCUGACUAUCAGCAGCAGUGUCAUGAGAUGGCUGAGCGCUUGGAGGAUUCAGUCCUCAAAGGUAUGCAGGCUGCCUCCAGCAAGAUGGUGUCACCUGAAAUUAGUGAUAAUAGGAAACGACCUAGUGAACCUGAGAUAAGUGGUGGAAUCAAAUCAAGGAAAAGGAAAUGCUUUUGGAUGGGCAUGGAAGGACUGGAGGAUGCUGCUGGAAGUUCAGAUGAUGGAGAAAGUGAAGAAGUCCCUAGCACUUCAGGAAUGAGCUUCCGCUCACCAAAUGACUGUCACAGUAAUGCUCACAAGUCAGCAGAAUCCAUGAGUUGUAAGGAUUCUGUAGGAAUGAGUCCUGGUGUCAGUGUAUCAGAAAAACUACAGGUGCCCACAGUUCAUUCUGAGACCAUUGCCCCAACAGAAGUGUGUGGUGAGCUGGGUGAAAAGCCCACAAAGAAGCAAGAGAAUGCAGAAGAGAUGCAUGUGGGGAGAAAAAUCGGCACGGAGCAGGAAGCAUGUGUGACAGAAAAAAAAGAAAAGCCCAAUACAGCACAGGACAGGCAAGGAGAAACCCAGAGAGGGACUGAAGGAGAUCUAGAAGAGAUGCCAGUUAACAAAUCAGAGGAAAGUCCAACAGGAAACAAAGAUGUUCAAGAACCUCUAAAUCUUCUGGCAUUCAACUCAGUUGCGGAAAUGGAAGUGUUGGGUUUGGAUAAGCUUAAAUUGGAACUAAUGGCACUAGGACUUAAGUGUGGAGGCACCUUACAGGAAAGAGCAGCAAGACUCUUCUCUGUCAGAGGACUAGCAAAAGAACAGAUAGAUCCUAGUUUAUUUGCCAAGCCUUCUAAAGGGAAGAAGAAAAAAAAUUCAUAAAGGCUCAUUUCUUACUGCCUUAUAUACCAGCAGGUUUUUUUCUCUGAAAAUGGUAACCUCUAUUACUGUUUCUGCAAUUAUUUGAUUAAAAUUGAACUUUUUAUUAGUUUGAUUGGUUUUAAAAUUAUAUUUAAAGAGGCAUAACUUGGAACUACAAUAAACAUGUUUUAUAUGAUAU